AUGUUCGAGACCUACCACUUCACCCAGAGCCUGGCGCUCUUCAACCAACGGUUAUCACAAGAUUUAUUAGACACUGACGACCGGGACGCUCUGUGGCUUACAGCGACAUUUCUCGGCAUGUUGACUUUUGCUUCGGUCCACUCAUCCGCUCACAAGGAGACCUGGCCCUCCAACCAUACAGACCCCGAGUGGCUACACAUAGCCAAGGGCAAGAAAGCAGUGUAG